AUGACAAUUCCCAAAGUUAACGGAGCCGACAGCAGAGACCUCGCGGAACUCCUUGAGUUCGUUAGGUUGAACUCAUCAUACUAUGCCAAAUUUUGGGAGUCCAGGGGAGUCCAGAAAGAGGCAACAGUCUCACUCAGAGACCUGCCUACAGUUGAUCAUGAGUCUUUCUGGGAAUCCAAUACUUGUCUCAACAGCCAAGUCAUAACUUCAAAGCAGAAAGAUGGUAUCAUCUUCAAGACUGGAGGCACAACCAACCACCCCAAAGUCUCAUUUUACGACCAAAAAGAAUUUCAUGGUCUUUCAACGCAGUUGGCAGAGUCUCUGGCGCGAUGUGGUGUUCGCGAAGGGGAUAUGGUCGCCAACUUGUUCUACGCCGGCGACCUCUACGGCAGCUUCUUGCUUCACAUCUUGUCGGUGUAUCACCUUUCGUGUGGCGCCAUUCAGCUCCCAGUUGCUGGACAUGUCGGUAUUCCAUCAAUGGAGAGACACAUCGUUGAGUUUGAGGCCACAGUCGUUCUAGCCACAGUCACAACAAUGUCGCAGCUGGCAGAGCGCAUCCUCGAAGCUGGGAAGACGCACCCCUCCGUGCGGCUGCUCUUGUUCUCCGGCGAGGCAUUUUACGACGAUCAAGCAGGACUUCUGAAGGCAGCCUUCCCCAACGCAACUAUCCGAUCCGUCGUUUACGGCUCCAUGGACUGCGGAAUCAUUGGUCUACCGCCAAAGCCCGAGGACUACAACAACGACCCCCGUCUUCACCAAGUCAACAGCCCCAACAUCAUCGUCGAGAUCGUCAACGACGACGGUGAGGUCACGACAACCCCAGGCGAGGCGGGCAGCCUAGUCGUCACGAACGUGGAGCGCCGUCUGAUGCCCAUUAUCCGCUACCCAUCCGGCGAUCGAGCCGCGUGGGUUGAUCCAGCGCUUGGUCUUUUCCGCGUUCUUGACAGGGACCGCACGGCCAUCCGCCUCGGCCCCGUCUCCAUCGACUUUGUGGACCUGAGACGCAUCGUCUCGACGGUUCUCAAAGACAGGCCGGUGGGCAAAAUUCAAGCCGUCGUCACGCGCGAAAACAGGAAGGACCUUCUCACUUUGAACGUCGCAUACAAGCCGACCACAGACGAGGAGAGUUCGCAGUUGCAGGCAGGGCUGAGAGGAGAGCUCGGGGUGGUGCGGCCGAUGUUUCGGGAACACGUCGAGAAGGAUUUAGUCAACGAGCUGCAGGUAAACUUUGUCACCAUGCAGGAACUCGCUGUCAAUCCUAGGAGUGGAAAGAUCGCCGAGGUGCUUGACCUUAGGUCAACUACAGUGUAA